GCGCAGAAAUUACACAGUAGAGAGAGAGAGAGAGAGGGAGAAGUUUCUUCCAUGGCGAUUCUCGUUUAAAUCAAAGACUGAUUAGGUCUUGGAUUGCAGUAGAUUUCCUCGAAUGCGUUCAGGAUUCAGAGGAGCUGAGCAAUUGAUCUCUCGCCGAUUCGAAUCUGCUUCGUAGAUCUCUCCGAUAGUCAAAUUCUCGACAAGAGUGAGAAGAAGCGAAGACACAGUCCGCGCAUCACUCCAUGCUGCUCCGGAAAUCGAGCUCGGCAGCUCGAGCUUGAGCUCGGCGGUUCCUUUUGUUCUAGAAUUGGUUCCGGAUUAGGUUCAAUUUCAGUAGUCUAUGGAGGUAGAGGCCCGAGCGGUCUAGGUUUUGGGUGAUGAGAGAUGGGGGAAAAUGCAGCAGCCUUGCACACGGCGGUGAAUGCGGUGCAGGCGCUGGGGCGGGGCUUCGACGUGAACUUCGACACGAGGCUGCUCUACUGUAAGGGAGUUGCCGGGUCCCGCGUGGUCCAAAUCGAUGACGAACACAGCAGGGAUCUGAGGAUGUCCGACUUGUUGAUGGUCCCCGAUGUUUCGAGAGACAUUAACGUCUCUUACCCGUCCCAAGGACGGCAACAGUCCGGCAUCUACACCUUUGACGAGAUGGUUGAAUACUUCAAUAAAAAGGCUAGUCUGUCUGGAAGCCCUCCUCUGGGUAGUUUCAAUGCUGCAUUUAGCUUAACUGGAUCGAAGAGUAUUGAUGUCGCAGCAACAAAGACCCUCUCCAUGGAUGGGUUUUAUAUUCCGCUUGCCAAGGUUGAGCUGACCAGAACCAAUUUAGUGCUGCAAGAAAAUGUUAAAAGGGCAGUUCCAACAUUUUGGGACCCACCAUCUCUAGCCAGUUUUAUUGAGAAUUUUGGAACGCAUGUAAUCACAUCUAUUACGAUCGGCGGCAAGGAUGUCAUAUAUGUUAAACAGCAUCAGUCAUCUCCUCUAUCAGCAAUGGAGAUUAAAAGCUAUGUGCAAGAGAUAGGAAACCAGAGAUUUUGUGAAGCAGAGGUUCAUGCAACUCCAGGCCAAAAGUUAAAGGAUAAGGGAGUAGAUCCUCAUUUGUUUAAUAGUCAAGGGGUAUAUCCUCAACCCGGUGCACCAUAUCUCACCGGAAAAGAAGACGUUACGGUUAUUUUCCGGCGGAGGGGAGGGGAUGAUCUCGAGCAAAAUCAUGAUCAAUGGGCAAGAACUGUCCAAUCCUCUCCGGACAUCAUUGAGAUGACCUUUUCCCCUAUCUCAUCUCUCCUUGAUGGAAUAACCGGAAAGGAGCACCUAACUAGAGCCAUAAAUCUUUAUCUAGAAUACAAGCCGCAGAUUGAAGAGCUAAGAUAUUUUCUGGAGUUUCAGAUUCCUCGUGUAUGGGCUCCAUUGCAGGAGAACAUCCCAGGACACCCAAGAAAGGAACCUGUUUGUCCUUCUUUGCAAUUUAGCAUGAUGGGGCAGAAACUGUAUGUUAGUCAAGAGCAGAUAUCUGUUGGAAGGAAGCCCGUAACAGGUCUACGGUUACGUCUUGAAGGUAUCAAACAUAACCGACUCUGCAUCCAUCUACAACACUUGGCUUCCCUCCCGAAGAUCCUCCAACCCUACUGGGAUUCUCAUGUGGCGAUUGGGGCUCCCAAGUGGGUGGGGCCUGAGGAGCAGGACAGCCGUUGGUUUGAGCCAGUCAAAUGGAAGAACUUCUCCCACGUCAGCACCGCCCCAGUCGAGAACCCCGAGACCUUCAUAGGAGACCUCUCUGGCGUCUUCAUUGUGACCGGAGCUCAGCUUGGGGUCUGGGAUUUUGGGUCACGCAACGUCCUCUAUAUGAAACUCCUGUACUCGAGGCUUCCAGGUUGUACGAUUCGGAGGUCCCUGUGGGACCAUUGCCCGGCCGAUAAUUACAGCAAAACAAGGAAGACAGCGGCAACUGGGAACAGCCCCGGCUCUGGCUCAGGCGACUCAAGCUCUGCCUCCAAUGAAGGGACCACAGCCAACAAGCUGGCGAAGUUUGUUGACAUGUCAGAGAUGUUCAAGGGCCCCCAAGAUCCUCCAGGGCAUUGGUUAGUCACAGGGGGAAAGCUCGGGGUUGAGAAGGGGAAAAUCAUUUUGAGAGUGAAGUAUUCCUUGUUGAAUUAUUGAGUCGAACCUAGGAACAGUUAUGUAUUUCAUGUGCAGUGACAGAUUUCUCAGUCGGGUAGAUAAAGGUGAGGAUGAUGUUUGUCGUCGAUAAUGCAGAUGUAUGUUCAUUAUUUGCGUGGAAAUUCUUAUGAGUUUAGCGAAUGAGAGUUGAUGCGGGGGGGUGAGGAUGUAAAAGUGGGUUUGGAUGUGUUGAAGUUGUAGAUGUUUCGGUUUUGUUGUAACCUCUUUGUUCUCAA